AUGGCUUUGGAGUCUCAUCGAGGCCGCCGAAAAAGUUUCACAAUUGAAGUACCCAAAUCUGCCAAACCCUGCCUAAUAAAUCAGUUUUUCUUCUGCUACGUCACCAUCAUUGUUUCCGUCCGUUUAAAUUUGUUAUUUCAGAGAGGACAAACGCCGUUUAAUCGUGCCUCCCUUCUCAACGUGGGCUUCAUUGAGGCCAUGAAGAGACUCAACUACGCCUGUCUCAUUUUCCAUGACGUGGACCUGCUGCCUGAGGAUGACAGGAAUCUGUACAUGUGUGAUGAAGUACCCACGCAUAUGUCGGCAACCAUUAGUAAAUUUAACUACAAGUAA